AUGUCAAAUUCAAUACAAUCAAUAAAAUUAGCGGUAAAACAAUUUGCUGGAGUUGGUAAAGAACCUGAUUCCACAAGGUAUCAACCAGGAGAUGUAGGUUGGGUUGCCAUAUCGACUGCUCUUGUGUGGAUUAUGAUUCCUGGUGUUGGUUUUUUCUAUAGUGGUAUGGCAAGAAAUAAAAAUGCUUUAUCACUUAUCAUGUUAUGUUUUUUAUGUAUUCCAGUUGUAUCAAUUCAGAACGGUGGCGCAUUUAUUGGAGAUUUACAAAAGGCGUUUUUUCUUAAUAUUAAUGAUAAUCCAUCACCUUCAUCUGAUGGAAUUCCCGAAUUGGCUUUCGCCAUAUAUCAAGGGAUGUUCGCUGCGAUAACCCCUGCAUUAGCAAUUGGAGCUGCUGCUGAAAGAACUCGUACCGUACCGCUUCUUAUAUUCAUAUUUAUAUGGAGUACUUUGGUUUAUGAUGUUAUAGCAUGUUGGUGUUGGUCAAGACAUGGUUGGUUCUCAACCUUGGGCGGCCUAGAUUUUGCCGGUGGUACUCCUGUUCACAUCACUUCUGGUGCCGCUGCUCUUGCUUAUUGUAUCGUGAUCGGUAAACGUAAUGGUCAUGGCAGCGAUGAAUUUAAACCGCAUAAUAUAGCAAAUGUUGUAUUAGGAACUGUCCUACUUUGGUUCGGUUGGUUCGGUUUCAAUGGUGGAAGUGCGCUAGGUGCUAAUCUUAGAGCCAUAUCAGCUAUGGUGGCAUCAAACUUGGCUGCAUCAAUUGGUGGACUUACCUGGAUGUUGAUGGACUAUAGACUCGAGAGAAAAUUUUCUGCUCUAGGUUUUUGCUCUGGUGCAAUAGCUGGUCUAGUCUGUAUUACACCCGGGUCGGGUUAUGUUACUCCUGCCUCAUCAAUAGCAUUUGGAGUAUGUGGUGGAAUAGCAUGUAACUUGGCUGUAAAAUUAAAACACAUCUUUGAUUUUGAUGAUGCAUUGGAUGUGUUUGCUGUCCAUGGUGUAGGUGGAGUUACCGGAAAUAUAUUGACUGGUAUUUUUGCACAAAGAAGCGUUUCAUUACUUGGUGGCACUGAAAUUCCAAUCGGUGGUAUGCUUGAUGGUCAUCACGUACAAGUAGCUUAUCAACUAGCAUCAUCCGUGGCAGGUCUUGGUGUUGACGAAACUGAAUUAGGAGAGGUUGCUUAUUACUUUGUUGAUAAAGUAAAAACUUCUUGCCAACAAAAACAUGACCAAAAACCGAUGCAAAUGCAAACUACCAACCAUUAUCCAAAAUAA